UGUAAGUUCGUUUCGAAGCAAGCUGAUUUUGGGACAACAAGAUCUUCCUGUGUUUCCACGAUCCGAAAAGCUAGGAAGAUCCGCACUUUGGAUGCUUAAUCGCGCGGAGCGUUGGGUCUUACACAAGAUCUAAAGACGAUAAACCCCACUGAAUAAGAUCACUGGAAAAAGAAAGUAAUCCUGUAAUCCAUGAUCUCCGCACAAGGUCUACCCUCAAAGAACUGGAUCGCUUUGGUCUGUCUAGGAGAAUAGAAGGCGAUCUUGCCGUUUACCGCUCUUCAUUCUUUAACCUACCACUCAACGCUCUUGUCAACGAACAUCGUAUAAUUUCCUCAUUCACUUCUAAGUGAGGUAGCUCCAUUCGCAUAUCAAAAUCUUAAUCUUUCGCUUUCACAAACUCCACCAGGGAAACGAGAACAACACUUCUUUUUGAGAUAGUGGAGGUUCAAGAUCUAAAACGUCAAGAUGCCGAAAAUCAACGUCGCCAACCCGGAGAGUGGCCUCCAGAAGGUCUUCGAGAUCGAUGACGAGCACAAAAUGAUGCCCUUUUGGGAGAAGCGUAUGGGAGCUGAGCUCCCGGCCGACUCCCUCGGUGACGAAUGGAAGGGAUACGUCGUCAAGAUUUCGGGAGGUAUUCAUUUUCAUAUUAGCAUAUAUAGACUGAUACAUCGUGAAGAGUAGUGGAGGCACUCACAGACAGAGUUUGUGUGUGACUCAUCCGUGAUACUAGAUCCAAGGAAGAUUUCAAUGUUGGGAUUUAGAAAACGCUGGACGAUUCUUGGGUUUAGGUUUUGUUGCUAGACGACCCGCGUUUACCCUAAAUUCAAAUCCAUUUACUAGGCUUUCCUUCACUAAAAUCUAAAACCCCACACAACACAGGUAACGACAAGCAGGGCUUCCCGAUGAAGCAGGGAGUCUUGAAGAACGGUCGCGUGCGUCUCCUCUUCAAGGAUGGCAUGUCUUGCUACCGUGAGCGCCGUGGUGGUAUGCGUAAGCGCAAGUCCGUCCGUGGCUGCAUCGUCGGUCACGACUUGGCCAUGCUCAACUUGGUCAUCGUCAAGAAGGGAGACUCCGAUAUCGAGGGACUCACCAACGCCGUCGCCACUAAGCGCCUCGGUCCGAAGCGUGCCUCCAAGAUCCGCAAAUUGUACUAGCUUCAUUUGCAUAAUAUCCAGAUUCUUUAGAAGGCCUUUAAAAACUCUCAAUGUACUCUUGUUCUAUCUGACCAGAAAGAAACCUAGAAUGAUGAUAAAGUUUUUACUCCUCCAAGACUGUGCACUGUCACACUGGUUGGGAAAAAUUCAACAGUAGGGUCUGAAAAGGUUUGUUUCUCUAAAUCAAGCACUUUUAUCCUCGCCUACUCAAGCGGAAAUGUAUACGUACUGUCAGCAUUCUUCCGUAUCAAAGAGGCAUGAAACCGCUAAAUUACUAAAACGUUACCUUCUUCAAAUUGAUCACCCAAUUUUCUCCGCAGGUUCGGUCUCGAGAAGGCUGAUGACGUGCGCAAGUUCGUGAUCCGCCGCAAGGUCUCUGAGGAGAAGAAGAACACCAAGGCUCCCAAGAUCCAGCGCUUGGUCACUGCUUCCCGUCUGCAGCGCAAGCGUCGCGUCCGCAAGGCCAUGGUCAAGAAGGUCAUCGAAAACCGUGACUUGAAGAAGGAGUACAUCCACCGUCUCCACGACUACCACGUUGCGCAGAAGGAGAAGCGCUCUGCUCUGCUCGCCAAGAAGAAGAAGGGAAAGGCUGCAAAGAAGGCCGCAUAAGAACUUCUUCUGCUUGAUGUCGCCAUGGAGAAAUGAAGUUGUAGGGAAGAAGUCCAGGUUCUAUCACGAAAGAGGAGGAGUACUUUCGUGCUGCAACUACUGCAACUGCUGACGAAGCGGACGAAACGGGGUUGAUUGGUCGUUCGGGACCUAUCUAUCCCUGGUAGUGGAAAAAGAAGAUUAACAGUGAGAGGAGAACACAAACAAUGCUACUACUAUACAACAACGGCUUCUGAACGAUUUUCGGCACGGGAAGACGACAGGAGAAAACAAAUUCUGACCUUCAGCUGGGAAGGUCGCGGGUCACAUGGCCGAGCGAGGCCAGGCACUCUUGUCCUACGAAGAUCAAACGCGUGUUCCCCUGAGUACUGGAGGUCCUCCUGAGCCGUUCGUGAAUUGUCGGUCCAUCAUUAUUCUCUUUGCCAUCAAAUCAGUUCAUCAUAG